CCUACGCCACCAGGAACACUCACCAAGGAGGAUUUUUGUUGACUGCCUUCUCAUGGCGUCAUCAUUUACCUCUUCUAAGGAGACAACUAAUUACGCGCGGUUGUGUCGCUUAUUGGUGGAUGUUGGGACACAAGUAUUAAGGGAAACAUUUGAAAGAAAACGUCCGGCAGGAGACCUCCAUACCGUUUUAACAACUCCUCCAGUACAAGGUACAUUGGCAUACUUGCAAAAGAAAAGAAUCCUCAACCCGAUGCAGUGGGGAAAACUCGUAUCACCUACAGUGUCAUCGAAGGACUUCGACAUCACUCUCCUUGUAGUUCUUCUUAGAAACGUUUGUAGUCUAUCUCCUCCAGCAACAAGUUGGAAAAGUCCUCCAAAUCCGACAGACGUAUCAGAAGCCGCUGAUAUCGUGCGUAUCAGGAUCCACAGGAACGAAGUGUACGCUCACACCAACGGAGCUUCUGUUGAUGAUGCGACAUUCAAUAACCAAUGGGUAAGCAUCAAAGACCCGUUGUUGAGACUUGGGGGACCAAGUUAUCAGACAGUUAUCGAUAAUCUAAGGACUGAAUGCAUGGACCCUGAGAAAGAGCAACACUAUCAAGAUCUUCUAAAAAAAUGGAAGGAAAAUGAAGAAAGUGUCAUGGAAAAGCUUACAGAAAUCGAGGAAAAGGUGGAUGCAACCCAGAGCAAAUUACAAAAGGUAGAAGAGAGUCUGGCUAAUUUGGUGGAACCAGUGAGACACCCAGUCAAAGACGUAGCUGUUACAGAUUUUUCAGGUCGUCUGUGUGCAUUGUACAACAACUUGAGUCAGGUUAAAGUCACUCCGUGGGACCCUGACAACACCGUUCACAUCGACGAAAUUUACACUCAGUUAUGCUGGUUUAGGGAUGACAAGAGGCCUAGUGGAAUAAAGCAAGACAAACUCGCAGACUAUUGCGACAUUUUCAAAGGGAAAACGAACAAGCCAAAUCCAGACAGAAUUCUCGUCUACGGUAGACCAGGAAUUGGGAAGUCUACUUUUGCACAGAAGAUUUCCAUCGAUUGGGCAAGAGGCAAAAAAGAAAUUCUAAAGAAGUUUGACCUACUUCUUAUGAUUCCGUUGCGCACUGUCUGUGAAAGCGAAACGUUUCAAGAUAUUUUAAAAGCAGCCAAAUUGUUUUCUGCUGAAGACCACAGGUUGACUGACAGUCUCCAUAGCUACAUUCUUCAGCACAAAGAUAAAGUCUUGCUCGUUUUGGAUGGCUUUGACGAGUACAGUGCAGCAACACCGUCACCAGUUCUUGACAUCUGGAAGGGCGAUGAGCUGAGAGAGUGCAUUGUUGUCUUGACAACGCGACCAAUAAGAGGAGAUGAAGUAAAACGCUUCAGCGACGUUCAGUUUCAAAUCAAAGGAUUUGCCACAGCCCAGAUCAAAGAGUUUUCAAUGAAGUUUCUGGACAAUCAGCAAGAGGUUGAAGUGUUUCUUAGCUACAUUAAGAAGCAUAAACUGGAGGAAAUUGCUGCGAUACCCCUUCUUCUACUAAUGCUUUGUUUAGUCUGGAAGGAGAGGGAUCAGGAAGGACUACCAGAAUCGAGAGUUUACCUUUAUCGCGACUUCAUUCAAGCACUAUGUAAUCACAUGGCGACAAAAGACGGUGGUGGAACAGUGAGUAGUAUCGAAGACUACAGCGCUGAACUUAUUCAAGUCGGAGAACUGGCUUUCAAUGCUCUAUUGGCAAACUCGCUAGAGUUUGGCUUUGAACAUCUUCCCAAUAAAUUUUUGAGUAGCAGAUUGAUCCGUGUUGGGGUAAUUCAGGUCGUAAAGCUCUUCAGUGCAAAGCCAAAGAAGGUUGUUGCAUUCCUUCACAAAUCCAUUCAAGAGUUCCUGGCAGCUUGGUUUAUAAUUCACAAGCUAAUUCCCUCCGCCAAGGACAGCCUAUCAUGCAUGCCUGCUAUUGAUUCCACUGACAAAGCUGUAGCGAUGGUUGAGGUCCUAAAAUUCGUCUCUCAGUGGUCGCUUGAAGGAUCGAGUGCAGUCUUACUACAUCUUGAAUCAUUGAAGGAGAAACAGAGUUCCGAACACACCAGAAGUGAAACCCUGUUUUUAGACGAUUUGUCGGACGAUGACAAGAAACUGCUCGAGUUGAAUUUGCAGUGCUUUAUUGAAACACCAGUCUUGGCAAAGGCAGAGGCCUACCCAUUGCUGUUGAAGUCGACAUGUGGAGUCCUAGUAAUACCAGACACGGUGCUACAUCUUCUAACUGAAGACCACGUGGUCAAAUCCAAAGUACUUCCAAACCACGUACUGUUCAAUUUUCGACAACGGCCGUCGCAAAAACAACGCGAUUACAUGGCCUCGAUGAUGGACGACCUUGAUGCGUUAGUCGUAACUGCGUCGGGUGAAAGAAAGGCUUCGGACUUCGUAAGAAAGCUGUCGAAGUUUGAAAUAUUGACCUCCUUGUUUCUGCAAAGAAGGGAAGGCAAAAUGUUCCUUCACUGCACUCAGGUUGCCGGUAUUGAUGUCGGCACACUGAAUGAGCUCACAUUACCAACGCCAAGCCUUCCUCCUCAGACCUCUCAUGAUCAGCAACAUGGCGAAGAAAGCAUCUCGAAGAUGAUUUGCCAAAGACGUCAACAUUGCUUUUCGCUGGCAAAGAAGAUCGAAAUUGACGAAAUAGAAGAUGAAGAAUCCAUUGGUGUUAUUUCCAAUGUAGUGCCUCUGGUUGAUCGUCCACAAGAGAUAACUUUCUGCAGUUCACAGGUAUCUUUUCAACCUGAUAAGAUAGAGCGUUUGACGAGAGGACUGAACAUCACCGGAUGUCUUCAACGCUUGAGACUGCACAGAAUGAGCUUGAACGAUCAGUCAUUAACUGUUGUAACAAGUGCCAUUCAUCAAGCUAGCAACUUGCAAGAACUAUUCUUAUCGGAGAACCCGCUGGGUAGUAGCGUUAGCUGUUUAGCAGAGAAUCUUCAACAUGUGCCGCAGCUGGAAACGCUGGAGUUGAACGAUGUUCUUAUGGAAGAGGAAGCGUUUUCUGAUCUUGCUAAUUCUUUAUGUGAUGUUCCUGAGUUGAAAGUACUUUGUGUCUCUCGGAACAAGUUAGGCUCGUCUAUCACUGUUUUGGCUAAUACCUUAAAUAGCAUUCGUGGUCUCACCCAUUUGGAACUGAGUCAGACACAAAUGGACGAAGAGGGAGCAAUGGCGCUUUCUAACGGCCUAAGAAGUCUCACCAAAUUAGAAGUGCUCGAUAUAUCACACAACCCGCUAGGAAGGGCAGUCACUGAGAUUGCACAUCAUCUGCAGAAUACACCUUGCCUGACCGAGCUUCAUAUGACUAACACCGAGAUGGGUUGUGACGAAGCCACAGCCGUUGCAGCCUCAUUUAAAUACCUUCAAAAUCUUAGGAUGCUUUCUGUUGGGUCCAAUCCACUUGGUGGAGGAGUGCAUUCUCUUGUCCAGCAUCUCUCUAAGAUCCCAAAGCUAAAACAUCUUAACCUUACAAGCGUACUGAUGAGAGACGAGGAAGUAAACUUGGUAUCAAAAGCUUGCAAAAGAGCUCGAAGUGUGACCAUUACCACAGAUUAUCUGGUGAGUACGAGCGCAUUUUCUUUC